ACGCUAAAAGCUAUCCAUCAAGUUCGGUUAAUGUGCAAGUCGAACAGCUAGGCUAAGCUAGCAGCGCGUACUCUGCUUUAUAUACAGCGAGGUCUCGCUAUGUGGAGAUACCCGGUGAGCUCGGUGUUAGGGAAACCAAAGGUCCUCCGCGGGGUUUUCAACACGGCUCAGUCAGUCAACACAGUCAAAUUCAGAUUACAUGGAACCUGCAGCAGUGUUUCAGGGACGAAAUGGAUAAGACCCAGCGGCCUUGACACGGGUGUAAAGACUUUCAACAGCCUGACCAAGCAAAAAGAGCCUCUCAUUCUGGCAAGAGAGGGUGUAGCUACCUGGUACAGCUGUGGACCCACGGUGUACGACCAUGCCCACCUGGGUCAUGCAUGCUCAUAUGUCAGGUUUGAUAUCCUGCAGAGGAUUUUGUCCAGAUUGUUUGGAAUCACAGUCAUACAUGCUAUGGUCAUCACUGACAUUGAUGACAAAAUUAUCAAAAGAAGCUGGGAGGAAAAUGUUUCUCCAACCAUCAUAGCCAGAAUGUAUGAAGAUGAAUUCAAGAGGGAUAUGCUGUCGUUAAAGGUGAUUCCUCCUGCAGUGUAUUUAAGAGUCACUGAGAAUGUGCAUCAUAUUAUCGCAUUUAUUGAGGGAAUCAUCAAAAAUGGACAUGCUUAUGCCACAAAAGAAGGUGAUGUGUAUUUUGACAUUAAGUCCAUUGGUGAUCGCUAUGGCAAGUUUGUGGGAGCUGCGGACUUUCAAGGAGAACCUGGCAGCUCACGUAAACGAGACCCAAGGGAUUUUGCUUUGUGGAAGGAGUCCAAACCGCAGGAACCAUACUGGGAAUCUCCGUGGGGCAGAGGAAGACCUGGCUGGCACAUUGAAUGCUCAACCAUCGCUAGCUUUGUGUUUGGGAGUCAGCUGGAUAUCCACUCUGGAGGUAUCGACUUGGCCUUUCCUCACCAUGAGAAUGAGAUCGCCCAGAGCGAAGCCUAUCACCAGUGCAGACAGUGGGCAAACUACUUCCUCCACUCAGGACAUUUACACCUAAAAGGCAGCAUGGAGAAAAUGUCUAAAUCUUUAAAGAACUAUAUCACCAUCAAGGAUUUCCUGCAGUCUUACUCAGCUGAUGAAUUCAGGAUGUUUUGCCUUUUGGCAAAAUACAGAUCAGCUAUAGACUACAGUGACGGCAGCAUGGCCAAGGCUCGGACCUCUCUAGUGACCAUCUCCACCUUCAUCCAUGAUGUUCAGGCCUACAUGAAGGGUCAGCUGCAGUGCUCACCUGUACAAGAAGCUUUUCUCUGGGAGAGGUUGGCUGAGGCUAAAUCCAGUGUAGUUAAAGCUCUGGCAGAUGAUUUUGAUACCCCUAGAGCCAUUGAUGCUGUAAUGAAUCUGGUUUAUCAUGGCAACUGCCAGCUCCGGCCUGUUUCUACGUCGGACGAAGAAUCUCGGAGCCCGACAGUGUUUGGAGCAAUGAUCAGCUACAUCAGAGAGGUCUUGGAUAUUUUUGGGAUUGAUCUGCUGCACAGUCGGGAGGUUGACGUGGUGAGCAGCUGUGGAAGUCUGCAGGGCGUCGUGGAGCAACUGACUCGUUUCAGAAGCGAAGUCCGAGCGUUCGCGCUAUCCCGUCAGAAUGCUCCAAGCAAACCUGGACUCUAUGCAGACAGAAUCCCUCUCCUCAAAGCUUGUGACACCCUCAGAAAUGAACUGGCAUCCUUGGGUGUUCUAAUAAAGGAUAGAGGAGCCAUCUCUACAUGGGAGAUGGGAAAACUGAGUCAGAGAGGACAGAGAGUCCACGAUAAAGAUCAGGAGACAUCCAGCUGAAAUCCUUCUCUAUC